UCUCUCUAGAAUUUUCCAGCACAAUCCAAACAUGUUCUCUCUCUAGCAUCUUCCUCCCACAACAAACCUACCAACUAGUCUAAGCUCAUAACUCAACUUUCCUGCAAUAUCUUAUGAUUCCAUGGCACCCUUCUGCAGCAUGCAGUCACAAAGUUAAACACAUUCUUCAGUUCAACAUAAUCAUAAAAAACAACCAUUGUUUAGUCCUCUCUUGCUUGUGUUACUCAAAACUUUCAUCAUUUUCUUCUGUCUUCUUGUGUAUGAAACAUGGAUGGAAUUGUGGUGAAGGAGGAAGAAACAGUGACAGGUGGUGGUGGUGGUUCAUCAUCAUCAUCAUCUUCGCCUUUGAGCUUUACUCCACAACCAAUGGAAGGGUUGAACGAAGUGGGUACCCCACCAUUUUUGACAAAGAUCUAUGACAUGGUGGAAGAUCAUUCCACAGAUUCUGUUGUUUCAUGGAGCACUUCUUGCAAUAGCUUUGUUGUCUGGGAUUCUCACAACUUUUCUACUAACAUUCUUCCUCGUUACUUCAAGCACAACAAUUUCUCCAGCUUCAUUCGCCAGCUCAACACCUAUGGGUUUAGGAAAGUUGAUCCUGACAGAUGGGAGUUUGCAAAUGAAGGAUUUUUGGCAGGACAGAGACACUUACUGAAGGCUAUAAAGAGAAGAAGAAGAGUGUCACAGAGCAUGCAAGAAAGAGGAGUUGGAGGAGCAUGUGUUGAAGUGGGAGAGUUUGGACCAGAAGGUGAGUUGGAGAGGUUGAAAAGAGAUAGCAACAUUCUGAUGGCAGAAAUUGUGAGGUUGAGGCACCAAGAGCGGAACUCAAGGGACCAAUUGAGUGCCAUGGAAACCAGAUUGCAAGCCACAGAGAAGAAACAGCACAAGAUGAUGCUAUUCCUUGCCAAAGCACUAAAAAAUCCAUCUUUCAUGCAACAAUUAGUCCACAAGACCCCCCAAAUGUUGGAUGCUGAAAUCAAUAGGAAAAGGAGACUAAUUGCUGGCCAGAGUUUGGAGAAUCUGCAACAAGAUGAUCCUGUAACAUUGAUGGACUAUUCAAAUCAACAAGAUUUGGCAACUAUGGAACCUGAGAUGAACACUUUUUUCUCACCUGCUUUCGAUAGUGAACUUGGUCAUGAAAUCAAAGAGUCUGCACUGGAUUCUGAUAUAACAGCUGGUCAGAGUUAUUUUGGUGACACAAUAUUAGAGGACUUGCUCAUUGAAGACUUGGUUUCUGGGGAUCCAAAGGAUGAAGUUAUCAUUGGUGAUUGUUCCCAGAUUGGUGUUCCAAUGGAGGAUUUGGUAGCAUACCCUGACGAUUGGAAUCAUAUGAACCAUUCAGGAUCAGAACCAUAGGGAUGAAAGUACUGUUAUCAUCAACUUCAUUCACACUGCAUCAUGGUGGUACAGUUUGCAGGGAAGGUGGUAGUUGCAAGAGAAGCCAACAGAUACUAGAUGCAGCUCUUGUUCAGAUCAUUUUUACUAAGAUUUUUAUGAACAUUCAUUGUGUUAAUGCUACAAAUCAUUUCACUGUUAUUUGGAUGACCUAUUCUUUGUUUUCAUUUUAUGUUAUGCAGGAGAGAUCAAUUGGAGGUGCUUGAUCGAUGUGGUGCAAAGAGUUUACUGAGAAUUGGAAUUAUCAUUCUGCUACAUAAGAUUAAUGGAAUGAGUUUCAUUGUUGAAGAAGGUCAAAAUUAUUAUCUAGUUCUUGUAAAAUUAUAUAUUCUGUCCCAUAAGACAUGAAAUACACUUUACUAUAUAAACAUGUGUCUAAAAAAUAUAGUGUUUUUUCUUG